CUGGAUUCAUUGUGUCUCCGGUCCCAAUGUAAGCCUUGAGAUAUCCGAGGACUGCCUGUAUCUGGGCCAUCGUGCUCGUUAGGAGUUGAUGGGUGAUGGGCUCCGGCCCCUGUGGGCUGUGGAGUGUGGGCGCAAGGCUCGACUACUCUACAGUCUACGGGCAUUGACUGCCCGCAGAAAUUCCAGGAAUUCAUCACAUAUUAGACUGAAGACGUACGGGUAUGGUAUGGUCAGGUGACUUGACCUAGCUACUAAAUUUCGAUGUGCUUUCAUACCGAUAUAACGGAGACACCAAUUAGCUAUCCCAGUCUUCCAGAACACCUUGCAUCCCAAAACCCGUUGCAUUAUGUCAACGGUGGACGGCUGCUGGAAUUGUCAUGGGACGGACUGGGGGGUGGGUGUGUGGAGAUGGGUACGGAAGAAUUCCAGCAACUUGCCAGCGCUGGUUUCCUGCGGUAUUCCUCAAAAAAUAUGCGCAUGUACAAAUCGGUUCGUUUCAGGGGUUAGAUACAGCAUUUCCUUUCACCUAAAUUCAGGAGUUUUUCCACUUCCAAGGAGCGCACAAGUCUAUGCCGACCGCCUUUUCAGCUUUUGCAAUCUUGUGUACUACAUGCCAAUCUAUCUAUCUCGCCAACUAGCAGCCAUACACUCCAAGCGAAAGACAGGCCGCUCUACUGUUCUCCCUCCAAACGCCACGGCGGUUCCGGGUGCAGAAAGCGAGCUUCAAUCCUCAACAAAGCGAUGUGCAGCCCUGCUGACUGCCGUGACACCCAUGUGUUCCGCACGCGAAAGCCAUGUGGUAACCAUGUGCUGGCCACGCGGGACAAUCUCAAAGGUUCCGGCCGGAAUCAGGCGCAGAAUGUGGCGUGUAUUGGAUCAUGGUCCAUGGAUGGCGGGAUGGAAACACGGCAGUAAAUGUGACAGAUCCAGACCCUUCCCCUUCGGCUCUUGAAUACACCUAGCUGCAGACGCAGCAGGAAUCAGGAUGCCACCGUGGCCCGGAUUCCAACCGGAAGGUCAGGCUCCGAGAAAUGGGAGCGAUGCU